AAGACACCGCGAGUCAUGUGAUGCCAAGAUGGCGGCGCCGCGGUAGCCUGCUCCUGGUUGUGGCGUCCAAGGAGCCGCGACGGUUUCUGCCCUCGGGCCGUGGGGGCGGCAGCGCUUGACUGGCCCCUGCGGCGGCCCGUAGUCCCGCGUUAGGCACCGGUUCAGGGCUGGGCUGUUGCUGUCGCGGUGGGUUCGGGUGUGCGAGUGACCUCGCUGCAGGUGUCCUGCGCCGGACGCCCUCGCCAGAGGAGGAGGAGGAGGAGGAGGGUAACCCGCCUACCCGGUCUUCUGGACGUGCGGAGUUGAUGAGGCCCCUCGGGGCUCUGGAAGAGUUAGCUGUGUCUCUGACGGGAUUGUGGGAGUUCGAGCCUUGAGUGUGCGAGAGACAGCCUAGUACCCCUGAGGGCGCAAAGAAGACCGCAAGGACUUUGCUUCCUCUUCCAGAGGCAUGGCUUCCCUGCAUUGAUUACCCCGCAUUCUUUCUCACUUCUUCUCAAUGUUCUCUCCAUACAUCUGGAAAUAUGAUCAGCGCCCCUGACGUGGUGGCCUUCACCAAAGAGGAGGAGUACGAGGAGGAGCCUUACAAUGAGCCCGCCUUGCCCGAGGAGUACUCGGUGCCACUCUUCCCCUUCGCCAGCCAAGGAGCCAACCCAUGGUCCAAACUGUCCGGGGCCAAGUUCUCUCGGGACUUCAUCCUUAUUUCCGAGUUCUCCGAGCAGGUGGGACCCCAACCCUUGCUGACCAUCCCCAAUGACACCAAAGUUUUUGGUACUUUUGAUCUCAAUUACUUCUCCUUGCGGAUCAUGUCUGUGGAUUACCAGGCCUCCUUUGUGGGCCAUCCCCCGGGUUCCGCCUACCCCAAGCUGAACUUUGUGGAGGACUCCAAGGUGGUGCUGGGAGACUCCAAGGAGGGAGCCUUUGCGUACGUGCACCACCUUACCCUGUACGACCUGGAGGCCCGGGGCUUUGUGAGGCCCUUUUGCAUGGCUUAUAUCUCAGCGGACCAGCACAAAAUCAUGCAGCAGUUUCAGGAGCUCUCAGCCGAGUUUUCCAAAGCUUCUGAGUGCUUGAAGACGGGCAACAGGCAGGCAUUUGCGGGAGAACUUGAAAAAAAGCUGAAAGACUUGGAUUACACCAGGACAGUGCUGCACACCGAAACGGAGAUCCAGAAGAAGGCCAACGACAAGGGCUUUUACUCAUCUCAGGCAAUUGAGAAAGCCAACGAGCUGGCCAGUGUAGAGAAGUCCAUAAUUGAACAUCAAGAUCUGCUGAAGCAGAUCCGCUCAUACCCUCACCGGAAGUCGAAGGGGUCUGCCUUGUGUUCUGCGGAGACAGAGCACGCGCAGGAUCAGGCCGACCAGGUAGCCACUACCUCUAACCCUGAUGAGCCGGCUGACGCGGACCUUUACACCUGCAGACCUGCCUACACCCCCAAGCUCAUCAAAGCAAAGUCCACCAAGUGUUUUGACAAGAAGUUGAAGACCUUGGAAGAGCUCUGUGACACGGAGUAUUUCACCCAGACCCUGGCUCAGCUCAGCCACAUAGAGCACAUGUUCAGAGGAGACCUGUGCUACCUCCUGACCAGCCAGAUUGACAGAGCGCUUCUGAAACAACAGCACAUAACAAACUUCCUCUUUGAAGAUUUUGUGGAGGUGGACGACCGGAUGGUAGAGAAGCAAGAGAGCGCGCCCCCUAAGCCCAGUCCAGGCAGGCCGCCUUCCAGGUCUCUGGACGAGUGUCCGAUUCCUCAAGUGUUCGUCAGCGUUGGUUCUUACAAGUCCAGUGUGGAGUCUGUGCCGAUCAAGAUGGAGCAGGAACUUGGAGAUGAGGAGUACAAGGAAGUGGAGGUGACAGAACUGAGCAGUUUUGACCCCCAGGAAAACUUGGACUGCCUGGAUAUGGAUAUGAAAGGGAGCAUCAGCAGUGGCGAAAGCAUCGAGGUUCUGGGCACGGAGAAGUCCACCUCUGUGCUGUCUAAGUCUGACAGCCAGGCCAGCCUCACGGUGCCAUUGAGCCCCCAGGUGGUCCGGAGCAAAGCAGUCAGCCACAGGACCAUCAGCGAGGACAGCAUCGAAGUCCUCAGCACCUGCCCCUCUGAGGCCCUCAUCCCUGAUGACUUUAAGGCCAGCUACCCAAGUGCCAUUAACGAAGAAGAAUCGUACGCAGAUGACAGCGAGGGAGCCAUCCACUUCCAGGCGAGCAUCAGCCCGCCAGAGCUGGGUGAGGCAGAGGAGGGCAGCUUAGAAAACACCCUGUCCCAAACGGACUCCUCCUGCUGCAUUGGGAAGGAGAGUGACAGUCUGCGGGUGCCCCUCUCCACCCCAGCCCACACACACUCUGACCCGGACGGAGUAGUGAGCAGCCCCCCGCAGCGCUACAGGCAGAAAGACCAGGGGUUCCAUGUGGACUUUGCGGGGGAAAACGCCAGCCCUUCCCGAGACAACAGUUCUGAAGGCUUCCCUGCUUUUGAGCUGGACCCGAGCCGCCUGCUGGCUAGCCGGGAUGUCAGUAAGACCAGCCUGGACAACUACUCGGACACUACCAGUAAUAUGAGCAGUAUAGCCUCCACCAGCUCAGACAGGACUCCCUCCUCUGCUCAUCCCACCGGGCCCUCUUCUGAGAGGCAUAAAAAGAGGGCUGGCCAGAACGCCUUAAAAUUCAUCCGUCAGUACCCCUUUGCCCAUCCAGCCAUCUACUCCCUGCUCAGCGGGAGGACCCUUGUGGUCCUGGGGGAGGAUGAGGCCAUAGUGAGGAAGCUCGUGACGGCGCUGUCCAUCUUUGUCCCCAACCACAGCCGUCACGCCAAACCGGUGAAGCACUGGGUCUCCUCUCCUUUGCACAUCACAGAUUUUCAGAAGUGGAAGCUGAUCGGCCUGCAGAGAGUGACGUCCCCAGCCGGCGCCGGCACCCUCCACACCCUGAGCCGCUACAGCCGCUACACGAGCAUCCUGGACCUGGACAGCAAAACCCUGCGCUGCCCCCUCUACAGAGGCGCCCUGGUGCCCCGGCUGGCCGACCACCGCACUCACAUCAAGCGGGGCAGCACCUACUACCUGCACGUCCAGAGCGUGCUCACCCAGCUCUGCUCCAAGGCCUUCCUCUACACCUUCUGCCACCACCUGCACCUGCCUGCCCACGACAGGGAGACCGAGGAACUGCUGGCCAGCCGCCGGGCGAGCUUCCUGAAGCUGAACCUGGGUCUGGUGAACGAAGACAUGAAGGUGGUCCAGUACCUGGCUGAGCUGCUGAAGCUGCACUACGUGCAGGAGCCUCCCGGGACCGGCCACCCCACGCUCAGGUUCGACUACGUCCCCAGCUUUUUGUACAAAAUCUGAGGUCAGUCCCAGCCACUGUGACCAAGACCUGUGACUCAGGGUACGGGGAGGGGAGGGGUUGGCACGAGCAGGCGGCCCUCUGAGCCGUCUGGGCUGCUGGUGACCUGAGUGGGAAGGAAACCAAGGUGGCGGCGCUGGUUCCCCCGUGGCUUCAGGCGGCUUGGGAGUCGGGACUCUGGCAGAGGCGGGCGCCUGGCUCUCCGAAGGCGUCAGUAAGGACGGUACUAGGUCUCUCGGCCCCCCUGGCGAGGAGGGGGCCGCUUGGCUCCCUGAGGACUGGUAGCCAGGCCAGAAGAGAGCCAGCGCCCUUUUGAUGGUGCGGGGGGUGGGGGUGGGGGGCGUGAGGGGUGGAAAGGUGAAGCCCACGCGGGAGGAGCAGGCUACGCAUUCAGCUCCCAGACACAUGGGCAGCAAAAUGAAGGGAAGCGCCCCGUUAACUGAAAUGGUUUGGUGGGAAACUGGACAACGGAACAUCCAUUGCCCCAUUCAGAUCCCGGCUAGGGUCUUUUACUCGGCCCCCUAGAGCCCAUCAUCCCAGAGAAAGCCCCUGAAUGAGUGACAUGGAGGGGGGGCAGCCGUGCCUCAGUUGGGUGGCGGCAGACGCGUGACCUGCGCCCCAAGGCUGCAGGCAGAGCGAGCAGCACCCUGUCUGGUCCUCGCUUCCCCACUAGGCACAGAAGUGCCUGGGGGAGUGGGGGGGGGGGGCUCGUACCUUGCUCCCCCGGGUCAGCAGGAGGGACUAGCGUUAGUCGCUAGUCCCUGCUUGUGAGUGAGAACUGCUCUCGCAGCUGGAGAGCCCGGGGCCACGGUGCCAUCGCCCCCGUGCAAGUGACAAGAGCCGGCGGGCCUCUGGGGCCCAGCCCACCAGCCUUUCUGGGAGCGAGUCCACGCUGUCCUCUUGGGGAAGGUCUGCAGACAUGCUGGCACUCGGCCGAUGUCACACCCCAGUCCCCCACCCACAGCAAACCUUUGCAACCACUUCACUACCUCUUGUGGGUCUUGUGGGCACGGUGACGGCGCGGUUCCUCCCGGCUGCGUGGUCCGGGCGGGCAGCCCAGCUGGUGAGAACCCACGGGCAGGGUCUCCCCCAGGAAGGAGGAGAGCCUCCUUGUGUGGCUGGCUGUCUUCGUGGAUCUGUCCCCCGCGGGCCUGGAAUACCCACACCUCACCGCUGCUCACUCCUGCCCCCACGCGGGCCCUCCAGAUACACGCACCUCACCACUGUUCACUCCGUCCCGCGCGGGUCCCCCAGGUGUGCUUACCUCACCACAGCUCGCUCCCGUCCCCAUGUGGGUCCCCCAAGUACAUGCUCCUCACUGCGGCUCACUCCCGCCCCCAUACGGGCCUCCAUUCACCUCUCGGCAGCUCACUCCCGUCCUGUGUGAGUCCUCCCUUCAGGGAAGGAGACAAUCCCCGACUCACCCACCAUGACCCCCCUGAGGCUCCUUACUCAGUUGCUGUUGGUUUCUUGAUAGAGUUUCUUGCAACCUUGAAGUUUUUACACUUUUUUUUUUUUUUUUGUAUGGCUGCUUUUUUUUCUUUCUCCAACUAGGAAGAACUCUUAGUAUUUCUGCUUUUUAAUUCGUUCCAAGAAAAUUGUGA